CUCGUCAACGUGGGAGCUCUCACGAUUUUGCCGUGCUCUCGCCCUAUACGCAGCAACACCUUAUAUCGCAGGGUUUUACGUAGUGUGUAAGGCAACGCCAUGUUUGCCUAGCGGAUUCCAGGCGCAAUUGCGAGACCACGUCCCCGCUCUGACCAUCUGCAUCAAUGCGGCAGAUCUUGACCGCGUCGAUAUAUAGAGGCGCGGGAGAAGGCUACCUCUUCUCCCCUCUGUGUGUCGUAUUCGGAAUAUUAACGUCGUUAGCCGCGAUCGGGCUGGAUACGGGCGCAGCUGCGGCAAGGGACACAGGCCGCUGGUCGCAAGAAAGACAGCUUGUGCCUCGGAUAAGAUCGGAUCACACGCCGCUACUCCGGCGGCCGCAGACAGGUUUAGGUGGGCGGGGGCUGGCGUCGACGACCAUAAGCGCUCGGCUUAGCUAGGUGAUCCGAUUGGCAAGGGUCCCCAGGGCAGCUCGCAACGGAACUGGAGAGGGGCCGAGGCGGACUCGA